CAUCUCAACCACGGCUCGUGGAUGGGUUUGCAGGUGACUAACGAGUUCCCCCCCCACCCUCAAGCCACAGCUGUGCACAGAAGCCGCAGGUCCAGGCCAGGCAUCUCCCCCCAUCCUCCGCUCUCCCCUGCUUCGCCCCAAAACUGGCUGCACGUGGGGGACAGUGCAGCACCGCAGGAGUCCGUCGGCCGCUCGACGAGGGCUCGGUGGCAGGAAGUGAAGCUGUGUAGAGCUAAAACAGGAACCUCGCAGGGAGGCCCAGCCCCAGCCACCGGCAGGUGCCUCGGCAGACAGCAGCGGGUGACGCAGCCGCCAAGAUGUGGAAGUCCGUUGUGGGACGUGAUGUGUCGGUAAAGGUGGAGGCGCAAGGAGACGACUGGGACACCGACCCUGACUUCGUGAACGACAUCUCAGAGAAGGAACAGCGCUGGGGGGCCAAGACCAUCGAGGGCUCGGGGCGCACCGAGCACAUCAACAUCCACCAGCUGCGCAGCAAAGUGUCGCAGGAGCAUGAGGUCCUCAAGAAAAAGGAGCUGGACACGGGGCCCAAGGCCUCCUACGGCUACGGGGGCAAGUUCGGCACGGAGCGGGACAGGAUGGACAAGAGCGCUCUGGGCCAUGAGUACGUGGCGGAGGUAGAAAAGCAUUCAUCUCAGACCGAUGCAGCCAAAGGCUUUGGGGGCAAAUACGGCGUCCAGAAAGACCGUGCGGACAAGUCAGCGCUCGGGUUCGAGUACAAGGGUGAGGUGGAGAAACACUCCUCCCAGAAAGACUACGCCAAGGGGUUCGGAGGCCGCUACGGCGUGGAGAAGGACAAGGUGGACAAAGCCGCCGUGGGGUUCGACUACAAGGCUCAGGCGGAGAAGCACGAGUCGCAGAAAGACUAUGCCGUGGGCUUCGGGGGGAAGUUUGGGGUGCAGAAAGACCGCCAGGACAAAUGUGCCCUCGGCUGGGAGCACCAGGAGGAGCUGAAGCUGCACGAGUCCCAGACAGACUACUCCAAGGGCUUCGGAGGCCGCUACGGGGUGGAGAAGGACAAGGUGGACAAAGCCGCCGUGGGGUUCGACUACAAGGCUCAGGCGGAGAAGCACGAGUCACAGAAAGACUAUGCCAUGGGCUUCGGGGGGAAGUUUGGGGUGCAGAAAGACCGCCAGGACAAAUGUGCCCUCGGCUGGGAGCACCAGGAGCAGCUGAAGCAGCACGAGUCCCAGACGGACUACGCCAAGGGCUUCGGGGGUCGCUAUGGGGUGCAGAAGGACAGAGUGGACAAGAGCGCGGCUGGCUUCAGCGAGAUGGAAGCACCGACUUCCUCCUAUGAGAGAACCAAACCCGUGGAGGCCGCGUCCAGCGGAGCCAGCAGCCUGAAGUCCCGGUUCGAGGGCAUGGCCAAGUCGGCCGAGGAGGAGAGCAGGAAGAAGGCGGAGGAGGAGCGGGCCCGGCGCCAGGCCCGGGAGCAGCGCGAGCGGCAGGCCCAGGCCCGGCAGCAGGAAACCCCCAAGGCUGCAGCAGUCUCCAAGGAGCUGGUCUCCCCGCCACCAGCUCCGGGACCCAAAAGGAUUUCCGAGUAUACAGCUGCACCGCCUGACCCUGUGCCCAUGUCCAUGCCCAUGCCCGUGCCACGGCAGGCUGAGGCAGAGCCGCAGGACGAGGAGGAGCCCCCCGCGCUGCCCCCGCGCCCCGCCGACCUGGGCGAGGAGCCUGGGGGGCCGCAGGAGGUGCCCAAGCCAGAGCCACCCAUCUACAGCGAGAGCGUCGAGCUGGACGCAGACUAUGAGGAACUGCCCGAGCCCUCGGACUACGAGGACAGUGGCGUUGCUGACUACGAGGAGGUGCCGGAGCUCGCGGGCGAGGACGAGGGCGAGGACUACGAGGAGAUCCUUUCUGACCCAGAGCCGUGCGGCGACCAGAGCGCACCCUGCCCCGAAGAGGCUGAGAACGUGUACGAAGUGGACAUCGCUGGGAUCUGUGCCGUAGCCCUGUACGACUACCAAGGAGAGGGGGAUGACGAGAUCUCCUUCGAUCCCAACGACACCAUCACGCACAUCGAGAUGGUGGACGAGGGCUGGUGGCGGGGCCGGAGCCGCGGCAAAGUCGGCCUCUUCCCAGCCAACUACGUGAAGCUGCUCGAGUGAGGUCUGCUCCUGCCGGAGCCCCCACCCCGCCUCGCUGCCUCCCUUCGCUUCAGCCUGCGUGUGCAACCAGGACCCCCAGCACCGUCCCAGCUUCCCAGGGCUCGGCCCAGCGCAUCAGGGAGGAGAGCAGCGAGGAAGAGCCGCUGGACUCCCAGGCUAGCCUGUGCACGGGGAGGGAGAAUCGCAGGGUCUUUUCCCCGCGCUGUGCCGUGCUGGAGAGCCCAGGGGGUGGGAGAGGCAGGCAUGGCCUGUCCCCUCUCGAGGAGGCUAGCUCCAACCUGGCCCCAGGGUGUGUGCAAUAAACCCUAUGGCUUUUCCUUCUGGGGGCAGUGGUUCCCAGCCAGGCUGGGGCAGGUGUGUGGCUGCCAUGGGGUA